AACCACCACAACAACAACAUCCACGACAACAUCAAUGGCACCAGUAGCAGUAGCAUCAUCAACAGACACACUCACAUGUACAGGAGGCGAGGGUCUACAUAGCACAGGCGUGUUGGUUGGCGCAGUGGUGGCAGCCGUGGUGAUAACAUUUGGGGUUGCGGUUGCUUUAUUUGUCCUGUAUCAUAGGAGCAUGGUGCAUAGAUUUCGGAAGAACAGACAAUCCGGUGAUACUGUUGAAGUGGAUGCUAUGGAAAGCAACAAUGAAUACGCCGUGCUAGACAGAAAAGAAGUUAUAAGUAAGACACAUUUCAGCCGGAUCACACUUACGCAGCACUUCAAGGAAGGAUGACGUCAUUCAAUACACCACCAAGAAAAUGAGAAGUGCGCAGGACGGUUAACGAAUGAGACAUCCACAUCAUCAGAGCUGGGGAAAAGAACGUCAAUUCCUCGGCCGGACAAAGAACAGAAUGAGAAAGAAAAUUAAUGUGUAGAUUUUAAAACGCUGAUGUAAACAGCUGACGCUAAAAUGGGUUCUAAUCUAUCAAAACUACACGGCUAAGCUACAAAGAAAGGAUUGCCAACUAUCACACGCCAGUGUUUUGAUAGUGAUUUUGUCGAAAACUAAAGCUGUUUAUACAAGCUGAAACGCUUAAAAUAGUCUUGGUCGGACGACUAUUCAGUCAAAAUGAUUUCACAGGCUGCCUGUUCGUAAUUUGUGUGAAAAAGAAAUUGUAUUUUUUUUUAAUUAGUAUGUGGUAAAACAGCUGUAAGUAUUAUCACUCACAUUUAGGUGCAUAAACACUUACUUUUGCUUUCAUGUUGUUAUUUCAUGAUAUUACUGAGGUUAUAUUAAACAAAAAUAGUCCCAAGUAUACUACGGUGAAAAGGGCACAAUGAGAGGGCACAGCCUCUGUGAUGUUGUCCAGCUUAAACUUUUGACAGAAUUUUAAAAGCUCGUAGAGGCAGUAUUAUUAUUGUAGAUGGCAUCGCACAGUGCCCUCACGGGAACUUGCAGUGAUCAUGUUAAUGGACUGGUUGAACUUGUUGGUUUCUUUCCCUUCCUUCUUUGCUUGUUUUAGGGAGGGGGGG